AUGAUUAUAUGGCGAUCUUGGUACGAUGUGACCAUAAGCGAAUUCUGGGCAUUUAUUGCAGUAAUCAUAUAUAUGGGGACGAUGCCGUUGGCAAACUUACAGGAAUAUUGGUCCAGAAAUAAUGUUAGCUACAUUCCAUUUUACUCUGACACAUUCACCAGAGACCGAUUUAGUCAAAUUUUCUGGAGACUUCAUCUGAAGACAAUACCCUCACAAAAUACAAACCCAAGAGUCCGUUUGCAGUUAGUGUGUUGCUUCCUCGAUUAUAUAAAUGCAAGAUUCUUGAAUUAUUUUGUACCCGGAGAGCAGAUUUGUGUGGAUAAGUCGAUUGUCAAAUUCAAAGGUCGAAUUUCAUUCAUUACAUACAAUCCGAUGAAACCUACAAAAUGGGGUAUUCGGGUUUAUACGCUGGCAGAUUCCAAUACCGGCUUCAUUUGCGGCAUUCUACCAUAUUAUGGAUCUCUAACAGCAGAGACUUUGAUAAGACUUGACCUGCCGGUUUCAACCAGAAUUCCGCUGCACCAGUAUAAAAUGCUGCUGGAUAAAAUUCCCGGUGCUCAGGAACAUCACAUGUUCACGGACCAAUACUAUACUAGGUAUAUAUUGGCGGAAGAAUUAUACAAACAAAAGUGCCACUUGACUGGGACAAUCAUGACAAUGUGA